AUGGAGCAGCAGAAAGCAGGCGCUCCCGACGACGCCUUAGGGACAACUGGAGGCGUGUUGCAGCCCUCGCCGUUGCGGCCUGGCGUUCCUGAACGCACUGAAUCUUUCCUCCCGCCGCACCUCCGCGAAUCCGUCACCUGCGUGCCCGUCACGCCAGACAUCGAACGCAACACGUACGACGGGGACCUUUGGGAUAGGGCCGCUAACGAUGCCGAGCGCAACCGCGGGGACAGCAACGACUACUUCACAAGGCAGGAGAUUGACCACGCCAUUGCGGCGUCUCCAGUCCCGCAUACGACAGAUGUCGAGGGCCAAUCUUUUGAGGCCAAGGUUGCUACGGGCGCCGAGGAAGGAAAGGGCUUCCUCCGGCGCGUGAGCGUCGCCGUCAUGGGUGACGGAGCCCAUCACAAAGAGUCCAUGUCCGAUAUUCGAGCCAUCAGCCCCGAUCUUGCCCUCACAGGGAACAUUAUUUCAGCCACCUUCAACCUCCCGCACACGCUCAAGUACCGGAAGGGUGCCGACUGGGAAUUAGCUCCCCGCCGAGGCCAGUCGGCCCUUUUCGACGCUUUCUCGUACCUCUCGUCCGACGAGGCGCCUUGGAACCACACCGUCGUCGCCUGGACAGGCGAGAUAGAGGUCCCUUCGGAUGUGCUUUCGCCGCCGGGCACGCCGCCGUCGACGACGGUGCACCUCAGCUCGCUCAAUGUUCUCUCCAAACCGGUGCCGAUUGACGCCGGCCAAGCCCCGCCGACCCCGCCAACCGUCGACGGGCUGUGGAUCCCAAAGGAGGACAUGGAACGCCUGGAACAUCAACUGUCCCACAGCACCAAUAUCAAGACCAUUCCAGUGUGGUUGGCUGACGACACAGAGGGCCACGAAGAUGGCAUUCGGCUGAAGGACCAGGCCCGGUGGCGGCGCUACGCCGAGCACGAUCUCUACACUCUCUUCCACUACAAGCAGCACGAGCCGACCGACGGGCGUGCCGAGCGGGUGCAGUGGGCCGACUACUUCCGCAUGAACCAAAAGUUCGCCAACAAGAUCCUCGAGGUCUACAAGCCUGGCGACAUUGUCAUUGUACACGACUACAACCUGAUGCUUCUUCCGAGCAUGCUCAGGCAGCGCGCUCCGCACAUGUACAUUGCCUUCUUCCUGCAUUCGCCCUUUCCCAGCAGCGAGUUCCUGCGGUGUCUACCCCGGAGAAAGGAGGUCUUGGAAGGUGUCUUGGGCGCGAACCUGGUCGGCUUCCAGAGCUACAGCUACUCCAGGCACUUUGCCAGCUGUUGCACGCGCAUCCUUGGCUUCCCGUCGGAUAGUUCCGGCGUGGAUGCCUACGGUUCGCGCGUCGAGGUUGGCGUCUUCCCCAUCGGCAUUGACGCGGCCAAAACGGCCAGCCUGGCUUGGUCAGAUUCUGUCAACGAAAAGUAUGCGGCCCUGAAAAAGUUGUAUGCCGGCAAGAAGGUCAUAGUGGGCCGCGACCGCCUGGAUAGUGUCCGCGGGGUUGCGCAGAAGCUUAUGGCGUUUGAGCGCUUCCUCGAAAUGUACCCCGAGUGGCGCGACAAGGUAGUUUUGAUCCAGGUCACGUCGCCAACCAACAUCGAGGCGGAAAAGGAGGACCCGGAGAACAAGAUAUCCAGCCGGGUGAACGAGCUCGUCAUGAAGAUCAACGGGGCGUACGGGUCCAUCAGCUUCUCCCCUGUCCAGCACUAUCCGCAGUAUAUCAGCCAGGACGAGUACCUGGCUCUGCUUCGUGUAGCCGACAUUGGCUUGAUCACGUCGGUGAGGGAUGGGAUGAACACGACAUCGCUCGAAUACGUUAUCUGCCAGCGUGAAACCGCUGGACCCUUGAUUCUCUCGGAGUUCAGCGGCACGGCCGGCUCGCUUAAGGACGCGAUCCAUAUCAACCCGUGGGACCUAACAGGUGUUGCCGAGCAGAUCAACCAUGCGCUCACGAUGCCGGAAUCCGACCGCCAGCGGAUGCAGCAAAAUCUCCUGGCGCAUGUCACCAGUAAGAAUGUGCAGUAUUGGAUUGCCGGCUUUCUUCGACGCCUGGUCAGUGUGCUCGGGAGCAGGAAGAAUGCCACAGCUACUCCGCUGCUCGACCGCUCCGCGAUGCUCAGGAAGUAUCGCGCCGCGUCGAAGCGGCUGUUCAUGUUUGACUACGACGGCACCCUGACGCCGAUUGUCCGGGAGCCCAGCGCGGCGAUCCCUUCGGAGCGCGUCAUUACUAGUCUGAAGGCGCUGGCUUCUGACCCUAAGAAUGCUGUUUGGAUCAUUUCGGGACGUGACCAAGAGUUUCUCACACAACAUCUGGGCCACAUUCCCGCACUGGGCUUCAGUGCUGAGCAUGGUAGUUUCAUGAAGCACCCUGGAGAUACCGAGUGGGAGAAUCUGGCCAAGAAGUUCGACAUGGGAUGGCAGCCUGAGGUUUUGGAUGUGUUUCAGAAGUACACAGACAAAGUUCCUGGCUCGUUUAUUGAACAGAAGCGGUGCGCUCUUACAUGGCACUACCGCCUGGCUGAUCCCGAACAAGGCCUGCACAUGGCGCAGGAGUGCCAAAAAGAACUCGAGAGGACAACUGCGCGAAAGUGGGAUGUCGAAGUCAUGACAGGCAAGGCCAAUCUCGAGGUGCGCCCAACGUUCAUCAACAAGGGCGAGAUGGCCAAGCGGCUGGUGACGACGUACAAUGCCCAGCUCAAAGCGGACGAAUCGUCAACCGCGGGCAAGCUGGAGUUUAUACUCUGCAUGGGCGACGACUUUACCGACGAGGACAUGUUCCGCGCGCUGAACACUGUGUCCUCGCCAGAGGGCGACGCACCCGAGGUGGCCGCUGAUAAUGUCUUUACCGUCACGGUGGGCGCGAGCACAAAGGUCACGCUGGCCCACUGGCACCUCCUGGAGCCCGAGGACGUGAUUGAGUGUGUGGCGCUGUUGGCUGGCGUGGGCGGAUCGGGCACGGGAGCCACUGGCGGGGCGCUGAGCAUGGGUGAGGUCAAUCUCGCUGCGCUGAGCGCGGUCGAGGAUCACAUUCCUGGCCAGAAGUGA